CUUUCAUUUCGUUAAGCUAAGCUAAUAUUAUCACAAAAUGAAACGUGUUGUGUUUUGGGUUUUUGCUCUUUUGCUAGCUUCUUCAUUGGCUCAUGCUGCGAUUGUGGAACACACUUUCAAUGUGGAAGACAUAUCUGUACAACGCUUGUGUCGUCAACAAGUGAUCACUGCCGUUAAUGGAACCCUACCAGGACCUACAAUUAACGCUCGAGAGGGUGAUACCGUUGUUGUUCAUGUCUUCAACAAAUCACCCUACAAUCUUACUAUUCAUUGGCACGGAAUUCUUCAAUUUUUAACCCCAUGGUCAGACGGUCCUGAAUUUGUAACUCAAUGCCCAAUACAUUCUGGCAGCAGUUACACAUACAAAUUUAACCUAACGGGACAAGAAGGGACACUUUGGUGGCAUGCACACUCCUCUUUUCUACGUGCUACAGUCUAUGGUGCCCUUUUCAUUCGCCCUCGACAAGGACACUCCUACCCUUUUCCUAAAGUUUACCAAGAACUCCCAGUACUGCUUGGUGAGUGGUGGAAUGCUAAUGUUGUAGAGGUUGAGCACAAUGCAACGGAGUCCCAAGAGGCGCCAAUCCCGUCUGAUGCGUAUACAAUCAACGGUUUACCCAGCGAUCUAUAUAACUGCUCUCAGGAUGGAACGUACCAGGUGAAAGUGAAACAAGGAAAAACCUACAUGCUGCGCGUCAUCAACGCUGCACUCAAUACGCAACACUUCUUCCAGGUAGCGAACCACACGUUAACAGUGGUAGCCAUCGACGCUGCCUACACCAACCACUACGACACCGACGUUCUAGUGCUCGCUCCGGGUCAAACCGUCGAUGUCCUCCUCAGAACAAACCAGCGCGUCGGUUCUUAUUACAUGGCUUUCAGCCCAUACCAUUCCGCUCCUCUUAUAGAAAUCAACGCCAACAUUACCCGAGGUCUGAUCAUUUACGACGGUAACACGUCAGCAAAGCCCGUCAUGCCGGACCUUCCGGCUCAGUUCGACACCGAAAAAGCCCACAGGUUCUACACUAACAUCACGGGCCUGGCAGGUGGACCCCACUGGGUCCCCGUGCCACGCCACGUGGACGAGCACAUGUUCAUCACUUUCGGGAUUGGCUUCACGGUGUGCAACAAUUUCUCAGGAGGCUGCACGGGGUCCACGCGUCCACUUUCUGCCAACAUGAACAACGAGUCCUUCGUCCUGCCACGUGGCAGAGGGGUAUCGAUGCUUGAAGCGUUUUACCGCAACAACGUCGAUGGGGUGUACACUAGGGAUUUUCCAAAUCGUCCUCCGGUUGAGUUUGACUAUACCAACCCAAACAUAUCGAAUGAGAUGCCUUUUGCCUUCCAAAUCGCGCCGAAAUCAACGAAGGUGAAGACGUUGAAGUUCAAUUCGACGGUUGAGAUUGUGCUUCAGAACACCGCCAUCAUUACGACGGAGAACCACCCCAUGCACAUUCACGGUUUUAACUUCCAUGUUUUGGCUCAAGGGUUUGGGAAUUACAACGCCACCAGAGACGAACCCAAGUUCAAUUUUUUGAACCCUCAAAUACGUAACACUAUUUCUGUGCCCGUGGGAGGAUGGUCCGUCAUUAGAUUCCAAGCAAAUAAUCCAGGUGUUUGGCUUGUGCAUUGCCAUUUGGAGACGCAUCUGCCAUGGGGGCUAGCCAUGGCUUUCGAGGUUGAGAAUGGACCCACUCCUUCAUUGUCGGUGCCCGCACCUCCUGCUGAUCUUCCUAAGUGCUAAACAAAAACGUGCAUUGGUCAAUGUUUAUAGGAUUACUAUUUUGUAAUAUACAUUUCUAAUUUCAUUUUCUUUAUUGAGAAAAAUAAAGUGUAAUACACCAUGAAAGUUGGGCUAUUCUUUCAA